AUGGCUCACACUCGUUUGAAUCUAUACACGGCAGCCCGCCUCUUGUUCUUUCUAUUGCCCCUUGUGAAAGCUCUUCCCAGCAACUCUCCAAUCGAGGCCCGCGAUGGCUCGUACACAUACUUAGCAUGUUAUACCGAUGCAGUCGUUGGUCAACGAACACUGGGAGGGCCAGCAAUCGCCGACGACACCAUGACAGUUCAGAAAUGCAGCUCCUUCUGUACAAAGUACAGCCACUUUGGCGUCGAGUACGGCAGAGAAUGCUAUUGCGGCAAUACAAUCCAGAGCCAAGCGCUUGCAGUCGACCGAAAUGAAUGCAGCUUCGCCUGCUCUGGCAACCCCUUGGAAGUCUGCGGCGCUGGGAACCGUAUGGAUAUUUAUACCAAUUUGGGGUUCUCUAGUCCGAAGCCCGCCACGCUCGUUGACCAUGUCUACUUGGGUUGCUUCAUCGACAACGGCGACCGGGUGCUUCCCAACAAGCCCUUCGCUUCCGACACCAUGACAGCGGCAUUCUGUGCUCAACACUGCCAGGGUUACACCUACUUCGGUACGCAGUGGUCGCGAGAGUGCUACUGCGGUAACGUGGCGCCGCAAUCUGCUGCUCCAGAGUCUGAAUGUUCAUUCACUUGCUCCGGGUCCGAUGCCGAAUUAUGCGGCGCCGGCAUGAGACUCAGUGUUUACGGACCGCCGGUGGUAUCAUCGCUCCCCGGCACGACUCCCUCACAAGGCUCAACGCCCUCUCCCGUCUCACCAGCGGCAGCAGCUACCGUCUCUGGGUACGUCUACCAGGGUUGCUACACCGAUAACCUGCCUCAGCGCGUUCUCACUGGAGACCUUGUCCGCGAUCCCACGAUGUCCCUCGAGAAGUGCGCCUCGUUUUGCAGCACCUCCCACUACACCUACUUCGGCGUUGAGUUCACGGGAGAGUGCUAUUGCGGGAUGGCUUUAGAUACGGCCAGUGCGAAACAGUCAGAGGUUGCGUGUGCAAUGAAGUGCGGCGGUGACGGCACAGAGAUCUGUGGCGACGCCAACCGCAUAUCAGUUUAUGCUCUACCGCAAACAUCAACGAUUCCAGUCGUCAAGAACUUAGCAACUGUCGGCGGCUUCUAUUACUCCUCUUGCUGGGUCGAUAACGUGGAUGGGCGUCGGUCGCUCUCUGCAAAAGACUACAGGGCCGACGAUAUGACUGCUGAGAAGUGUGCUAGUUUCUGUCAGGGGUACAGCUACUUUGGUCUGGAGUACUCCCGAGAGUGCUACUGCGGCAACACUGUCGGCGGUUCCAUGGCUUCAGAGAAAGACUGCGGGCACGUCUGCGUGGGAGACUCUUCGCAAUGGUGCGGAGGGGGCGAUCGUCUUAGUCUCUACAGCAUCAAUCCGCCUAUUAUUUCGUCAUCUUCGUUCUCAAUGACAUCAACCAGCUCACUUGACACAGCGAGCGUUGCCACAUCUGGAUCAACCUCGUCUACUCAGAAUACUUCUUCAAGCUCCUCCAGUCUUGCAGUUCCUACCACCUCAACAGGCUUGGAGUCUUCCGCGACUACGACUUCACCGACUGCCUUCUCUUCAUCGGAAACGACAGGGAGCUCAUCAACCUCGACUUCCUCCAUCUUUGACAGCUCCGGAACAUCUUCAAUCCCUAGUUCCACUGCGUCGAGCACCUCGAGCAUAUCCACGUCCCCAACAUCGACCUUUACCUCGUCCUUCACUUCUUCAGUAUCAAUCUCUUCUUCUAGCUCAAGCAUCAGUAGUAGCUCAACCAGCAGCAAUGGCAUCGUUUCCAGUUCUACCACAAGCUCGGCCGCAGCGGCAGCAAGCACCUGCAACCCAGGCUACCGAAAUGACCUGACCGCUACAUUUUCAAAGACCUUCGGCAGCGCCUUCGACCUUCAGACAUGGGCGGUGACCACUUCGUCCCAAACUACUUAUUCAUAUGUCCAGGGCGACGCAAAUGCUUUGGCCUACAACAUGUCCUUUGCCUCCGUCAACGCCGUCCGUACCACAAAGUUCGUUCAGACCUUCAACGUCGUAAGAGGCGCAACGUAUCAGGUGUCACUCCGAUACCAACUCGGCGGGACGACGAGUCAACCCCCAACUGCCGCAGUGCAACUUGCCGCCCCCUCGACCACCGUUCAGUCAGUCGUGACCCAGUCAGCCGACUCUCAGCAGCUCCAAAGCUGGCAAACAGUUACUGCUGUGUUCACACCAGCUCUCGAUGCUAUGACCGUCACGAUCAGCGCGACAAGUCCGAGAAGUGCAGUGGCGUGGGUGAUUUUUGACAGACUCGAAAUCAAGAUGAUCACGCCCACCACCAAUGUUGCACCAAUAGUGAACGGAGAAGUUCUCACAUUCGCAGACGUUCGCUCAGGCGCAGUCACGUUCCCUAGCUGGCUCAAGAAGCCCGCAGAAGGGAACAUCGUCUACGGGGCCAAGCCUGUCUUCGGGUUCGCGUCACCGGGGUACAACGGUGCGGGAACCUCGCGGAGUGUAUGGUUCAAUAAUCAACCGCCAUUGACGGCAAAUUCUGGCGGACCGGUAUUCUACUUUGCUGGGUACGGCGGAGAUGGUUUGAAAUAUCAGAAGUACGUGAUGCGAACGCGUGUUCGAUCUGUCAGUAGCCAGGGCUGCUAUCUGUCGAUGACUAGUUAUGAUGGGGGACGUACUCAGGUGGCUGGGUAUUUUAUCAUGGACGGCUGCGAGCAACAGUGGCAGACGAUUGAGUCGGGGUCUUUUACACCUGUUUAUGACUUGCUGAUACAGGCGCAGUUCAGAUGUCCUUUCUCUCUUGGAUUGAAUGCGACGUUCUGGCUGGACAACAUUGAGAUGGUGCCAAUUGCUGGUUGA